AUGGAAUCCUUAUCACAAAACUUAAAAAACCCAAUCAUUCUGUUGACGAAGUUGCCUUCUCCGGCUCCGGAAUCCGGGGUUGGGGAGGCGGAGUUCGGGGGGCGAAAGCCCGCUGAUGGCGAAGUACAGAAGGAGAAAUCGGGCGAGAAGCCCAUGGAGGUGGCAGAUGAGUUUGUACGGCCUCUGAGUCUAGACUCGGACUCAAGUGGGAGCGGCUCCACCGUACGCAGCAAAAAACUCUGGAGGAGGAAUUCGCGCUCAAGGCACAGUUUGUCGCAAUUCACCAGCGACACUGACGAACCAACACCAAAGUCGCAAACAACCGACAGCAGAGGAAGAGGACGCCCGCCCUCAGUUGGCAAAUAUGUCGGCUUGAGGAAAGCUCAGUUGGAGCGAGAUAGGCUCCAACGCGAAGAGGCGAAGAAGAAGGCCGAAAAGGAGCUGGAGGACCGGCUCCAUUUCGUUAAGUCGCCGGUGCUUCCCAGGGUGUCAGACACCGAAGAAGAGGACAAACCCGUGCUGAGGGAAGAUCUUAGAAAGUGUGUCCAGGUUGUACGCACAACAGUAAGGAAAUCUGGCAACCUCAAAGGUACUUCCCAGAAGGCCCUAAACUGGGUCACAAACAAAAUUGCCAGGUAUGUAGACCAACCUGAGUCUGCCGCAAUCGCUCUUCUUGAGAGCGAGGUUAAGAAGUGGCAGGAGAACUGUGCCCGGCUCGAGGCAAACAUGAAGGUAAUUCAGGAGGAGAAUACAGCUCUGAAACGACGCCUCGAAGAGCUGGAGGCGGCCGCCAAAGGGCCGUCUACAGAGGAGAUGCUGGCGAUGGUCGAAGCGAGGGUCCAAGCCCGAAUGGAAUCGAUCCUCAUGGGCCCGGCGCAACGGCCCUCGCUGGCACACGAGAGAAAGGCCUCUCCAGGAGAUACUCAACUCCCGGUGAGCGAUGGCUAUGUCGGCGGAACCCAGGCCAUGCCGAGAAGAGAAAAAGGCAAAGGGAGGGGGAAAAAGACAGCCCAGCCCGCUGCGGCUCCCGCUCCCGCUCCCACUAUCCCCGCUCCCAUUGCUGGGCCUUCCAGCGCUCCGCCGCAAGCCGUAGCGGGCCCUUCUACAGCGGCGGCGUCGACAUCUACGAUGGCGCCAGCAACCACGAGAAGACGCGAGAAGAGCGCGGCGGCUGUAAAGAAGUCGUUACAAGGCUCCAAGCCGAAGAAGAGCGGGAGAAAAGAUCCGGCAGUUCAACCUGCGCCGGAGCCCCGUCCGCUGCCAUCGGCCCCUGCCACAAUGGAGACACCAUGGGUCGAGGUGGCCAGAAGGAAGAAGAAGGGGAAGACGACAGAAGCGCCAACAACAACCAGCGUGCAGCCGCCAAAACCUUCGCGCCGAAAGGAACCCAAGCUGCGACCGCCACGAUCUGCGGCCCCCCGCGUGAUGCUCGUUGAGAAGCUCGACGCGAAGCUCGACGGGAAGCUCGAUGUGAAGCUCCGCGUGAAGCUCGGCGUGAAGCUCGGCAAGACGCUCGGCGUGAAGCUCGGUGAGAAGCUCGACACGAAGAUCUCCAAAAAACAAAAAACGUAG